AUGGCGGUGUCCAUGGCAGGUCUGGCACAUUGACUUGGAGUGGAGGUGCACAGCUUACGCUCUGCUCAACCUGUUCUUGGGACGUAUGUCAAUAGGAGAUAUUAACAUAAAUCGUCACCACUUAAUCUUUAAUGCACUGACUCGCAGAUCAUGGCCCUUCACAGACUGUCCUUCAGACUACGGCAGACGGUAACACAUGUGCGAUCCCUUCACACCAGCACGUGUGGCCAACAGCAUGAGGCUGUGGCUGAAGUGUCAGAACCUGAGCCCUUCUCGGUCUUCAGAACACAUGAGAAUGAUCCAGCAUGUCAGUCACAGAAACAUAUUGGACAAUAUUACACUGUACCCCAAGCACACAUCCGUACCCUCUUCCCUCAAGGCCUCCCCUGGCGCUAUGAACAGCAGGUGAAGACGUUCAAUGAAGCCUGUAUGAUGGUGAGGCAGCCUGCGCUGGAGGUCAUGUCUUACCUGAAGAAAACAGACAGCAGCAAACCUUCUCUUCGAUAUGUAUUCUAUGGAUUAAAAGGAAGUGGAAAGACGAUUUCUCUCUGCCACACAGUCCACUAUUGCUACACACAAGGAUGGUUGGUGCUGCAUAUACCUGAUGCCCACCGCUGGGUGAAGAACUGUAAGGAGCUGCUGCCUUCAUCCUAUAACACCUCUCGUUUUGACCAACCGUUACAAGCCACAGAAUGGCUGCGGAACUUCAGAACCACCAACCAGCAUUUCCUUUCAAAGAUAAAGACAACGAAACGCUACGUGUGGACAAAGAGGGAGUUCACAGAGGAAGGAAGUCUGCUCGGAGAGCUGGUGGAUCAGGGUAUAAAUCGUGCGAAGAGUGGCAGUGAUGUGGUGGGGGCGGUGAUGAAGGAGCUGAGGCAGCAAAGUGGGCAGCCAGGGUCAGACUUUCGCCUGGCCGUGGCUGUGGAUGGUGUCAACGCCCUGUGGGGAAGAUCCACGAUCAUGAAAGAGGAUAAGAGCGCUGCGGAUCCAGAGGAGCUCACUUUGGUUUAUAACCUGAGGAAGCUGAUGAAAAGCGACUUGGUUGGAGGUGCCAUCAUCACGGCUUUGUCUCAGACUGGCGCUCUCUACAAAUCGAAAUCUGACUACUUGCCUCAAGAGCUGCUGGGAGAGAAAGGGUUUGACAGCAUGGACCCAUUCAUCCCGGUGUCAGUGCCCGUCUACAGCGAGAAGGAGUUUGAGAGUUGUUACCUCUACUAUAUGGACCGCCAGUGGCUACAGCAUCCACAGAGCAGAACAGAGGAAGGGAAGAAAGAACUCAUCUUCUUGAGCAACAGAAAUCCGUGGAUGUUUGAAAAAAUUUGUGGCCACUUAUGAAGUCACAGAAAGACUUAAAUCACACACACACACACACACACACACACACACACACACACACACACACACAC